AUGGUAUCAAUGCAGGCUAGGAAGGCUUCAGGUCGGACACCGAAGCUCGGUAUGGGUCGGGUUGGUUUGCAUGCUAUGAGCAAUUGCUCGGCGGAAGCUGUGAUUGAUGAUCAGUCGAAUUACAUCACUUCGACUGACGAGGUUGGCGAACCUCGACUGGUGAGCCGAUGCACGCUCAGCACUGCUGCUAAAGAUAGGAAAUCAAAGGGAGGAAAUCACAAGCCGAAUAACCAUAACACGACACCUGAUGGUAAGGCCAAGGUAGGAGGUUGCCAGUACAAGGGUACAGGUGACGUCAAGAAAGAAAUCGACAUGUUGAACAGAGAAGUCAAACAAAUGAAUGGUAUCGUCGGUGGCCUCGGCAAGAAGGGGGGUAAUUACAUAGAACUUGCAAAGCAUGGCAUAUGCUCGGAGAUCCAACAGAAUGGUGCCCGAGCGUUUCUAGCCGGGCCCAAGGUGGCAAAUCUCACUGCCGAUUUGAACGAGAUCAACAAGCUCAUUUCCCAAAUCAUAGACUUAUUGAACAAAUUCAUCAGCGGUAAAGGUCAAUCAGACCAAAGCGCAGCAAAGCUAGCUCAAGAUAUCACAGCAAUCCGCGGCAAAGCCAAACCAAGUAAGGGUCUUCUCUUCAUCCACAUCUCCUUGUCAUCAACCCGAGCAUAUGAAUCUGAUUCAAGUUGA